AUGCGAAUUUGCUACAGGUUAUCAAGAAACAAAGGUAAAAAAAUCAUGGUGGAGCCCCUGACUAGAAUAAUGGAGCCUAUUCUCCCUGAGGAACGUUUUCGCCAAAAGUUCCAAAUACGCGACAAAACCCUUCGCAAUGCUCUAGGAGAAUUUUUCGCUACUGGAAUGCUGCUAUUUAUUGGAAUUGGCAUUGUUAUGCAAUUAAUACUUUCGCACGAGAAGCUUAACACAUGGAUACAAAUAAACAUAGGUUGGGGGUUUGCAAUUGCAUUCUGCGUUUAUACUAUCUGUAAACUGUCAGGGGGACACUUGAACCCAGCCGUUUCGUUUGCCUUCUAUACAUUGGGAAAACUUCCUUUGAAAGAUUGUGUGAUUUAUUGUUUUGCUCAGACAGCUGGGGCAUUCAUCGGAACCGCCGGUGCCUAUGGAAUAUAUUACGAUCAGUUCCAAAAAUACACUGGAGGAGAGAGAAUAAUAGCCGGACCUGCUGGGACUGGAGGAUGCUUUUGCUCCUUUCCUGAGCCGCACGUCAGCAACACCAUCGCCUUUUUUGAUCAGGUCGCCGGAACAGCUCUUCUCAUGUUCUUUGUUUGCGUUGUUAUCGACAAAAGAGCAGCUAUACCUGCUCCAGCUCAUCCCUUCCUUAUAGGAUGCGUAAUCAUGAUGAUAGGAACAAGUAUGGGUAUGAACGUUGGCUACCCUAUCAAUCCAGCAAGAGAUCUUGGACCACGAAUUUUCAUGUUGUUUAUUGGCUAUAAUACCGAGGUUUUCACUUAUCACGAUAACUACUUUUGGAUACCUGUAAUAGCACCGUUUCUUGGUGCCGCACUAGCCGCUUGGACAUAUGUUGUCUUCAUAGGAGCACAUAUUCCUGAUCCCCAACCAACUUUCGAUUUGGAUGAAGCCAAGCAGCCUCUCAAGUCCACGAACGAUGCUUGACAAGUGAUCCAAAAAGCGGAGUCUACCAGCAAAAAGUUUGUUGAGCACUUGUCUGAAUAUUUGACACUGUAGAAAGAUAGUUUUUGCUUGUCCCAUUGCCAUUAACGCUCAAUCUUGUUCUGAGACUAGCUAGUCCAAAAUUCAUGCAUGCUUGUAGUUCAGUUAUGUAGUUUUAUGAUUUUUCCUUCAAAAUUUUCCACUUUUUCGCAAUGCUGUAUUGGUUCGUGAAGUUUGGUUUUAAACUUGCAGAAAUGGACCUUUUCGACUUGUUGAAAUAAAGCUCGUGUAUGGCA